AUGGUCACUCAUCGAGGCCUUGCGACUCUCCAAGAGCUAUCAAAAUUGAUAGUCAAACAAAACCGUCUCUUGCUAGACGACCGUACAGGGUUUUAUCAGGGGCUCGAAUAUCUGGCAAAGAUAUUAGCCAUCAUGUUGUCCGAGGAUCGACGUACUGAGCAAUUCUGGAGAAAGAUUGCGCUGAUCAAACAACAAUCGGGCUUCGUUUCGGAAUUGACGGAUGAUGAGAUCACCACGCGAGAUUCCAGCGAAGCUGAGAAUAACAUACGGGUGAAGCAGGCCCAUCCAGUUGAGAGUGAUACACAAACCGUGGAGAAAAGGAGCAAGCAGCCUUGUCCGAGCCCCAAUUCGGAAAACCACACGAAGGAGUUGUAUCGUCGCGGAGACUUAAAGCUGUGGUCCAGAAGGAUGGAAGACUACAUAAUACAAGACAACUGGGUAUUCAUCACAACACUGGAGUACCAAAACCCGCGACUGGAGCCCUCUACGAUAUCAAAACUGCAAGAGUGGGUCUCUUCGCCUGUGUCAGCAUUCCUUUGGAUCUCCAAAGACUUCGCCAUCAACUACCCGUCUCCCUUGUCUAUUGUAUCCGCGAACUUGGUAGAAAUGGCUGUGGAAAUGCACUUAUCAGUCUGCGCAUUCUUCUGCAGCUGGCCAGCAGAUUACCCGGGAGGAAGUAAAGAGGAGAAGGAGUACGCAUGUGUGCGUGACUUCUUAUACUCACUUCUUCGACAAGUGAUCGACCUCCUGCCUCCACAGUUCGAAGUCGAAGGUGCUUGCGACAUUACCUCAGAACGCCUGCUCGCGCUUGAUGACCUUGGAAGCAAAAAGGCAUGGGCCACAGGUCUUGAUCUCCUGAAGAGCCUUCUGCCCUGCGUCCCUCAGCCAACGUUGAUUGUUCUGGAUGGUAUCGAGCAUCUCGACCAAACGUCUGUCGCAAACCUUGCAGCUGAGGUUUUGUGCGUGCUCGGCGACGCCAUCUUCAAGAAAGCAUCGGAUUAUAACAGCUCGGAGGGGAGCUCGUCGAUGUCAAAGCAUCCCAUGAAGGUGUUCUUUACCACAGCAGGCGACUGCGACACGUUGUCUGCUCUUCAGGAAAAUAUGGAGGAGAGCCGUUUUGAGAGGGUGAUUGAAAGGCAUGAUUUGAAACGACGCCAGCGGCGUUCCUUCUGA